UACUAAUUUAAUUUUUACUGUUCGCCUCUGUAAUCAGUUGACGUGUUAACAACAUGGACGGUUUCAUGAUGGAUAUUAUUAAGGGCAUGUGCAUUAUGGAUAACGAUGGCAAUCGUAUAUUGGCCAAAUACUAUGACAAAAAUAUCUUGGCCACCGUAAAGGAGCAGAAGGCCUUUGAGAAGAAUCUCUUUAGCAAAACACAUCGUUCCAACACAGAAAUCAUUAUGCUGGAUGGUCUGACGUGUGUCUACAAGAGUAAUGUGGAUUUAUUCUUCUACGUCAUGGGCAAUGCCUAUGAGAAUGAGCUGAUAUUGUUGUCGGUGUUGAAUUGCCUAUAUGACUCCAUCAGUUUGAUAUUGAAGAAGAAUGUGGAGAAACGUUUGGUAUUGGAUAACUUGGAAAUAAUCAUGCUGGCAUUUGAUGAAAUAUGUGAUGGAGGAAUUAUAUUGGAUGCCGAUCCAUCGUCUGUGGUGAAACGAGUUGAUUUGCGUAAUGAAGACAUUCCCAUUGCUGAACAGACUGUGGCACAGGUUUUCCAAUCAGCUCGUGAACAGUUAAAGUGGUCCAUACUCAAAUAGAACACAUUGAGAGAACCCUGUAACAACCCUACUACACACUUCUCCUACAUUUCUGCAUUCUUUUGAUUAAGUUUGAAAAAAUCCAUUUUAAAUGUUAAUUUUUAUAGCCCUACAUUUUUGUUGUGAGUUAUAUAUAAAAUGACAUCGA